AUGUCAUGGCCACCAUCGUCAUCGCUGAUGGAGCAGAAAGAGGAGAUGAAGAGGGAAGAGUGGUGGGCACGGGCCGUGUCCUUCCUUGUCUUCAUCCGUGCAGCCCCAAACACGGUGCACAGCGCACACGCACACGCCCGGCCAUCAUCACAGCAGCCACCAGCAGCAGCGAGCCAGCCUGCCCUGCGUGCCUCUGCACAUCGCAUGGGGAAGGCUGAUGAUGAUGAUGACACAGAGUAG